AGGGUCCGCGUUCCAACCCCUCGUCACCUCACGGGGCAUCAAACGACUCUCCUCGUCGACUAUAUAGCCCAAGGACAUUCAUCGCCCGCUCACCCUUUCCCUCUUCAUCUUUCUCCUGUCGAUUACCUCUCCGACAAAGAGAUCAUCCCUUCGAGGAGUUACGCAACCCGCCGAUCAGUUCGACGAAUCAACAAGCCACCCAGAACCCGAGAACGAAAUCAACCCCCGGAGCUUUCGGCCUGAUUCAAAGCAAUUCCGAUCAAUACCAAGAAAACAAACGUCCCGUACAUACGCUCUUCCUCUCUCGUCGGGCAGUUGAUUCGUGAGGGCCCAACUCGUGAAGAUCUUCCUGUCCAUUUAUCAAGGACAGCCUCAGCAACCGGUCUAGACCCAAACGUCCUAGACCUACCUACCCUUGCAACCCCUCAAACACCUUCAAACCACACACAAACACCCGCCUGAUCGCGGGAUACAUGGCAACCACUCAUAUCAUCUCGACCUCGAACAACAUGUCCAACGCUCAGACCGCACCCGGUACCCCGACCGCGGGGAGCUCUAGCAACGUCGUCGGCGUUCACUACAAGGUUGGGAAGAAGAUUGGAGAGGGAAGUUUCGGAGUCAUCUUUGAGGGAACGAACCUCUUGAACUCGCAGACCGUAGCCAUCAAAUUCGAACCUCGAAAGUCGGAUGCUCCUCAGCUCAGGGACGAGUACCGAUCGUACAAGAUCUUGUCCGGAUGUCCCGGUAUUCCUCAGGUCUACUACUUUGGCCAAGAAGGUCUGCACAACAUCCUUGUCAUCGACCUCUUGGGACCCUCGAUGGAAGACCUGUUCGACAUGUGCGGACGCAAGUUCUCUGUCAAGACCUGUUGUAUGGUUGCCAAGCAGAUGAUCACCCGGGUCGAGACCAUCCAUGAGAAGAACUUGAUCUACCGUGAUAUUAAGCCCGACAACUUCUUGAUCGGACGUCCUACCACCAAGGGGGAGAAUGUCAUCCAUGUCGUCGAUUUCGGAAUGGCCAAGCAGUACAGGGAUCCCAAGACCAAGCAACACAUUCCUUAUCGAGAGAGGAAGAGUUUGAGCGGAACCGCCCGAUACAUGAGUAUCAACACUCAUCUGGGUCGAGAGCAAUCCCGACGAGACGAUCUCGAGUGUCUCGGACACGUCUUCUUCUACUUUUUGCGAGGAGCACUUCCUUGGCAAGGUCUCAAGGCUGCCACGAACAAGCAGAAGUAUGAAAAGAUUGGUGAAAAGAAGCAGACCACGCCGAUCCCUGAAUUGGUCGAGAACUACCCUCAGGAGUUUGCUAUCUACCUCAACUACGUCAGGAAGCUCGGAUUCACCGAGACUCCCGACUACAACUUCUUGCGAGACCUGUUCACCAAGGCUCUUCGCACUACCGGCGAGACUGAGGAUGGCGUGUACGAUUGGAUGUUGUUGAACCAAGGCAAGGGAUGGCAACACACUAGCCUGCCGCCUCCACCCGCAUCUCGUCAGCACCGAUCGAGGGGUGAACGUGAACGCGAGAGGGACAGGGCCGAAAAGUUGCGAGGUGCCGGACCUUCGGGCGGAAACAUCAUUCCCCCGUCCCCCGCAGCCAAGAACCGCAAGUCCGUUACGGCCGCGCUCCAGACCCAGAGCCAGAACAACGCCAGCAACCAGGCCAUCGUCGGUGUCAACGCGGCGACCAGCGCUGCUCCGCCAUCGCGCAGGCAAUCCGCGCACCAGGGACAUCCGUUUGCUGCAUCUGGAGGCCAACCACCAUCGGACAGCCGCAUGGAACCCGUCUACCCUCGCCAUAACAACGAAUACGACCCAUCGGCUCAGGCCGUACCAUCACAAGCUGGUAUCAACCCGAUCUCGCCCGUGAACGGUACCCAACGGACAGGCACGCCAACGAUGCCGAUGGACAGUAGGAUGUCUCAGCAGCAGCCGAUGCAGUUCUCCAACUCGAACGGCGGACAGCAGGCAAUAGGCGUCGGUAACGGCAAUGGCGAGUUUGAGGAACCGCGACGCAACAAGUUCCUCGACAUCCUCUGCUGUCGAAUGCAUUGAUAACGGCAGGAUAUGCAUGGCCUUGGAACGAUUCUUAUACCCUCGAUCUCCCGGUAAUC